ACUUCUCCUCUUCUAGAGUCUGCCCUUCCUUUCCUCUACAAUACAAGAAAUUAAUUACCAAGAACAGUUCUUCUUAGAUCUGAUUCUUGAUGUCCUAAGUCUUUUUCCAAGAUAUUCAAUCUGCUUCUAAAAUACAAAAUAUUGCCAAGAAUCAUUUCAUGCCCUAGAUAGCUAGGCGUCUUAUAUACAAUUAAUUAAAAGCAUUGGUAUACAGUAGUUAAUCUGUACUUGCAAAGGUGGAUCCAAGGCAUGGAAAGAGGCCACUUCCAUCGGAAGCAUCUGAGGAGAAAGAGAAGGAACACGGUGACUUCCCUUCUUCUUAUUCAUCUUCUUGGUCAGAAACAGACAUGUCUGCCAUGGUUUCAGCUCUCUCUCAAGUCAUCGCUACCACCACUGGCGAUAACCCCACUAUGGUGCAAUCAAACCCGCUAGCCGCUGAGCACUCCAUUGUCAAAGAGGAACCUCACCACUCCCAACCCAUCCAAGAUCAAGAUAAUACAAGGAGAAGACACUACAGAGGAGUAAGACAAAGACCUUGGGGCAAAUGGGCAGCAGAAAUACGUGAUCCCAAGAAGGCAGCACGAGUCUGGCUCGGUACUUUCGACACUGCCGAGGACGCAGCCCUUGCAUACGACAAAGCAGCUCUAAAGUUCAAGGGCACCAAGGCUAAGCUUAAUUUUCCUGAACGAGUUCAAGGGAAACCCGAGUCUAGCUACUUCAUGACUUCUACUGGUUCGAGUGUUCCUUGUGAACAAAAUCCAAUGCCAGUGGCUACUCCUCCUCCUCCAUCAUUUCCGCAAGAUGCUUACCCAGACUUGCUUCAGUAUGCACAAAUUCUUUCCAGUAACGAUGCAAAUUUCCCUUAUUACACUUCAAAUCUCUUUAGUCAGCAGACUUAUUUUCCCCAUUAUCCGUCCACUUUUUCAUCACAGCAGCAACAACAACAGCAGGAAUAUCAGACUAGAUUCUCGCAGUGGUUCGAUAGCUCCUCUAGUUCCGAUUAUCGAGAACAUGGGAUGGAUUCUAGUAAACCUAGCGAGUAGUGUCUCUGGCUUCCAUUUAAACUUAUUAGUCAGCGUUUUUCAUGUGGGAUUUCAUAAACAAUAGCUUCUAAGUAAGUUUGUGGUGUCUUUGAAGCUCUUCUGCAUUUACCCAUUUCUUUUUAUGGCAAUGUUAUUGGUCAACCCAAGGAAAUCGGCCUUUCCACUCUGCAUGGUCUGCAAGCUCGGAGACUUAUUGCGAGAGAUUUUUGGUUUGUUUUCCCGUACCUUUCUCGUUGCUUUGUCUAUUCCGAAGUCCAAAAGCCUUAAAAGAAUUUUGUACUCAAGUAGUGCUGGUCGUAAUUAAGUUGUACGUGCACACCUUCUGGGCAAAGUUGAAAGAGUUGGAUUUAUUUAUUUAUAUAUUCAAGACUUAUGGCCAACCUACUUCUAGUCUACCACUGACACUUGAGUCCUUAAUAUUUUAAUUCCAUUUGUAGAAGAACUCUGAGAAACUACAAAACCCAUAGACCGAUGUACUGUGAAACUGAGAACCAGAUCAAUUUACUUUUUUUAUAAUUCUAAUA